AUGUCGCUAAAUGCAGAACCGCGACAAGCCCCUGGAGAUUCUAUCGCCGAAAUUGCUAGAAAUGUGGCUACGGUAUUCGCACGUGGGCGGGCUAAACAGCUCGAACCCCAUUUACGAUCAGAGUUGGAAAACGAACUUGGAAGAUUCAAGAUUUGGGCAGGCAACUUAGGUGUUUUUGCUCCAGGUCGAGCAUCGGUAGAUUACCGACUUCGUGAUGAUGCUGAUGUUAAAGAAAUUCUGACUCAAAUGUUGGAUCGCCUAAGACAAAGCACGAAACAAGCUAUGGAUCCACCGGUAAUACUAGAGGAAGCGGAAGAGGAAAGUGAAAAGGAUGAUAGCUCAGAUUCAUCAUCGGAAGACUCUAUGGCCAUUAGUUUGGACAAUGAAACAGAUGCGGGGUCCGAAAAGGAUGAUUUGCCCAGUCUUCAUAGUGCUGAUGUUGGAGCGACAGCUCUAAAUACGAUCAAAGACACAAUUACUCGUCUUUACAGGCUUUCUACUAUUCUAAAAAAGCCUAGCUCAGCUAACGAAAACGUGAAAGUAGCAAACUUCAUAGCAAAAGAUGAAGCUUCUGCAGAACUCUGCGAGUUCCAAACCUCUGUCCGCUGGCAAAUAGAAUUCCGACUCCCUGAUGCCCCACCAACCUUACUGAAUAGACUGGUAGAAGCUACAGUGUUUCGAAGAAGAAAGCUAGAAUAUCGGGAGCGACAUAAAGAGAAGCUAAAGCAAGGUGUUGAGCGUUCGUUCGCGUCAGACUUGGUUCUUCCACUCAUACCCAAAGACAUAGUAGUUCGGCCAGCAGGAGCUCAGUAUGCAACACCGAUUCUUAGACGACAGACAAGCUCAGCCAGAGAUUCUGUUAGUACCAUGCAGUAUUCUGCUACUGAAGCUUCAUCUGUCAACCGCCUUAAGUUUGCCUCUUAUCCAAAAUCAGUCGCAAUUUCUAGGAUAACAAAUUCAGCUGUUGCACGUCGAGAACAGCUAGAUAUUCCCGCCCCACCCUCGAAGGCAGAGAAUGAAGCCAAGGAAGUAGUCUGUCCUUAUUGUUUUCGUAUUAUUGAUAAGAAAGAUAUGGUUCAAGCUCGUUGGAAGCGACACGUACUUCGGGAUAUAGAGCCAUACGUAUGCCUUUUUGAUGGAUGUAACAAGUCAACAGAAUAUUUUGCAACGGUAGAAGACUGGAUCAAUCAUAUGCAAUGGCAACAUGCCGUGGUGUGGUGCUGCCAAGUGCCCGGUCACGAAUCAACAGUCUACCGUUCUGAAGAAGAAUUUAAGCAUCACUUAAGUGAGGAGCAUAAAGAUGCUUUCAACGAGACUCAGUUAUCCAUGAUUGUGAAAAAAGCUUCGCAGCCCGUUCCGGAUCUUUUCGGCUCUUCUGCUCUCACAUAUGAUGGCAAUGAAAACGAGUCCCACACAGUAGGAGCUUGUCCACUCUGCCCAUUUUCGGUGGAUAAUUCAGAACAUGAUCUAUUACCAGACAAUUUGGAAAUAGCAAAAGCAUCACCCCCUGCAUCCAAAAAGCUUUGCAACCAUAUAGCUGCCCAUAUGGAAGCCAUUGCUCUCCUCUCAUUACCAGAACGCGACGAUCUCGAUGAUGCGAACACUAAUGAACGGCAAUCAGAGAACACAUAUCAUAGUCUCGACCAAGAUGCCGUGGAUUUACCACCAAUAGAAUCCAUUAUUGAGAACGACGAAGACGAGAUAAGUCCAGAUCAUGCUCAUCAUUCAAUAGGGCCCACAAGCUCGGAGUAUACAUCCAGUGGCGAUUGGAAUUACAUCCUUGAAGAUGACCAAGUGAAGUCGAGGCAGAAUCCGGGGCCGGCCCGGGAUCCCACGCUACAAAACUUUGUAAAAAGAGCCAGACGCGACGAGAUGUUUCGGCGAUGGAAAAUCGAUAGAAUUCCUCCUAUCGUUCUCUAUGACCCCGAUGGAAUAGAAACCAGUCCAAUUAUUGAUGGAAAGCAGUCAUACUCUAUGGCUGAUGAGGUGCCUGAUAUGUUUAUGAGCGACGAGCAUAACUUCCAAUCUCUUGUCGAGCGUUACUAUUCCGUUUUCCAGAAUCAUUCUCAAUUUGCCCUCGCUUUCUGGGACCAUACGGCCUACAAAUGUUCUUUUCUUGAUGACUACUGCAAGGAAACAUUCAGGGAUGAAGAAUCUCUACAAAUCCACUUUGAGACUUCCCAUUUCCAAUUUACCCGCAUCGAUCCAUGCCUUCGAACCAUCUGCACUAAUUGUUCAACUGUUGGCUUUGAAUCCACUUGCAAUUGUGGUGGAGAUGUGAAAUUGUAUAUUGUUGGGAACUACAUACGAGAUCGCUCAUCAAUAUAUCCAGAAUUCACAAGUCUUGUCCCGUAUACACCAACUCGUUACAUCGAUACAACCGCAGUACAAGAUUCAACGGAUGCGGCUGUGAUGGAAGAGGCAGAUAGAGCUUAUCGUGAACGCGUCAGGGCUAGGAGAGUUGCUGAAGAAGAGUGGCGUUCCCCGUAUUCUGUUGUCGAUAAGUAUAUGCAAUAA